AACCUGACUGCCUUCUUUGAUACAAAAGAGAAUUGGGAAGAGACUAGUAUUGUUGUAGGUAGGCCGUGGAAAAAGGAUGAACUUCGUUUAAAAAGCAAUUCAGAUCUUCAUAAACUCUGGUAUGUCUUGUUGAAGGAAAGGAACAUGCUGAUGACGAUGGAGGCUGAAUACAACCGACAAUGCGAACUUUUUCCCAGCCCAGAAAGACUGGAAAAGGUAGAGGAGAGCAUGGAGAACAUUCUAGAUGUGGUCAGAGAACGAAACAGAGCCUACAAUCUUCUAGAAACUGGUAAAACUGGAGAACCCGAACGACGUUGGGUCUACAACCAAUUAGGGAUAGGUGGCUGGAGGACAUGCACAGAACAUUACAUACCUCUAUACAUGAACUUCAAGUUUAAAAAUAGC